CGUUCACGGUUCCUCGUGAAGUUUGUGACGACUCGGCAUCAACCAGGACAAGGACGGGAACAAGCAAGGACAGAUGUCUUUAAUCACAAUGACAGGUGCCAACUUCUGCUCUCAUACAAUGCUCCUGCUGUUGAUCGUUAUGAGAACCGUUACAGCCUUUCUUGAAACGGAGGCAGAUGGCAGAUCAUCGAGGGAAGAGAAGCAAUUUAACCACAUCCUUAGAGGUUCAUCCCUUCCAACUGAUGAAGCCAGUUUUGAAUCGAUGCCAAGUGCCAGAGUCAACGACCGCAUCAUAUCUCUACUAUCCAAGCUUCCGAAAUCUGCCAAGGAAUACAUCAAUGGAGAUGAAGGGACCAUAUCUAAACCUUCAUCCGUUACACCUAUCUUAGAAGCAGACUCUUUGGAAGAGGAUGUUUUCAACGUACUGCGACCAAGACAAGAUGCAGAGGAUGAGGGUAGGAUGGGAACACUGGAUGGAAGGUUUCCUUUAACACCUUCGCUCACAGGAACCGUUGAAAAGACCAUUGAUGCUCUUAUGCUGUCUCUUCAUUAUACUGAAAGUAUCCUCUCAAAUCUUGCCAGAACAUCCAAGGGACAUCCAGUUCCAGUCGGAGACGUUCAGGUGCAGUCAUGGUCUCGCCUCCCGCAUGGAUUCAACACGAUAGUACAGAAACAGAAACACAGUUCGAACUUACCGCAACAACGUCGUUUUGAUAACUUUUCAAGUGGGCUGACUGAAAAGAGGUACGUGGCGUUUAAAGAAUACAAACACACGGAGAGGCCAUUUGAUCCUCUUGCGAAUAACCUUAUUGGGAAAAGGGGCGUGUUUUCAGUCGAUGCGCCAUAUAAGAGGAGACCAUUUGACCCCCUUGCGAAUAACCUUAUUGGGAAAAGGGGCGUGUUUUCAGUCGAUGUGCCAUAUAAGAGGAGACCAUUUGACCCCCUUGCGAAUAACCUUAUUGGCAAAAGGGGAGUGUUUUCAGUCGAUGUGCCAUAUAAGAGGAGACCAUUUGACCCCCUUGCGAAUAACCUUAUUGGGAAACGGGGAGUGUUUUCAGUCGAUGAGCCGCAUAACAAAAGACCAUUUGAUCCUCUUGCCAAUGGACUGAUUGGGAAACGGGGAGUUGUUUUCCCAUUCCACAAAUCCCUAUUGAAACGACCUUUCAAUGCCUUCACCGGGAAGCAGUAUGCGGCAUAUGCCAGUUCUACAAGAGACUAAUCCUGGUUUGCUUGUAACAAUUUAAUCUCCUGAUUCAUUAGCAGUUAUUCUUAUACUGGGUGGUUCCUUAUGCCGAAGGUCCGGGUUCGAUUUCCAACAUGGGUAAAAUGUGUGAAGCCCAUCUCUGGUGUCGCUCGCCGUGAUAUUGCUUGAAUAUUGGUUAAAGAAUCGAAAACCAUACUCACUCACUCACUCACUUAUGUUUCGGAACGUAUCAUUCCUAGAGUUGAGCGUGUGUAGGUGUGCGUGUACUAUUCCGAGACUGUUAUAGACAUUUGUAUCAUAUUAUAUGUAAUGAACUGCAAUGAUACAUCAAAUAAAAAACAAAAAAAUAUAUGUG